AUGACUGAGUCCCUGGUUCGAGCGAUCCACUGCAAUCGCGCGCAGGCAAGCCGAGCAGUGUUGGUCUUAGCUACGCCCCGUGCUGCCACAACCGCCAUCACCACCGCACAUGGCGCUGCAGGGGGGCUGUGCGCGUGUCACUGCGCGCUGGUAGACUGCUGCUCUGACCCCAUGGGGUGGGGACAGCCGCUUCAGACGUCUCAGCCGUCUCAGCCACCCUGCAGUCAGCCAGCCAAUCCCAGCGGCCACAUUGAAGGCCGUAUCAGUGAAGGCAGUAGCAGUGCUGACUGCAGCAGCACAGCGGGUCCCAUUCUCAGCAGCCGCUGCAACGUGUGGGACCUGCAGUUGCUUGAGCAGCGCAUUCUUUGUGCGACGAAGCCCAAAGCCACGGACGCGCACACAGGCGCUCAGGGCAGCGCUCCUUCCAUUGUGGUGCUAGACUCGGUAGCCUCAGUCUCAGGAAUCCUCCUCCUAUCCCAUGCUGACGUCACCCCGCCAGCUGUCACCUCCUCCUUGCGCCACAUGGCGCACGCACUCCUCUCCCUGGAGCCACAUCCCGGCCACUCCCUCCUCCCUCUCUCCCUCCUCCUCUCCCCCUCCUCUUCUCAUCACCCAUCGGGAAACUCAGUUGUCACUUCUGGCAUGACUAUCUCUAGCAGCAGCACAGCUGGCACUGGUAAUAUCGGUGGGAGGGGCAGCAGCGGCAGGAGCGAGAGUGGUGGCAGCAUGGGGGAUCGGCAUGUGUUGCCGGGGGGGAUACUGGUGCUGCAGCAGAAGAGGGCUUCAGGGAAAUUCCGAACUGCGCUUGAGGAGUUUCAUGUCGACCGGCAAGGAGCAGUGCACAUAGACGCACAGAGCAAGGGCUCUGUGCACGUGCCACAACCACCCACCGCGCCCAGUGAAUCUCCUGAGACCGCGCCUCAACCCACACUCGCUAGCGACAGCACAAGAGACACCUCUAAAGUACCUCCUGCAAACGUAUCCCUACCAGAGCAGCAGCCUGCAGAGGGGGCACACAGAGGGGUGACAGGGAGAACGGAGGCUGCAGGCGUGGAGCCAAUCAGGGUGAUGGGAGAUCGGGUGCCAGAGGUCUCCUUCCGCCUAGAGCGUUCUGAGGAGAGGCAGAGGGAGCGGGAAAGUGGUGCUGCUUCUUACUGCUGCUUCCCCUUCCCCUCCACCUUUUUUCUGCUGUCCUGCCAAAUGAACAACAGGUCUCCUUUCGCCUAG